AUGGCGUCUCCUCAACAAAUCCGUACCCCGAUCACUGAUCUGCUCAAGAUCAACCACCCCGUCCUGCUGGCAGGCAUGAACGUGGCUGCGGGGCCCAAGCUGGCCGCCGCUGUCACCAACGCCGGUGGUCUCGGUGUCAUCGGUGGCGUUGGCUAUACCCCCGAGAUGCUCCGUGAGCAAGUCGCCGAGCUCAAGAGCUACCUGAACGACAAGAACGCUCCCUUCGGUGUCGACCUUCUCCUUCCCCAGGUUGGCGGCAGUGCCCGCAAGACCAACUACGACUACACCAAGGGCAAGCUCGGCGAGCUCGUUGAUAUUAUCAUCCAGGAAAAGGCUAGCCUUUUCGUCUCUGCUGUCGGUGUUCCCCCCAAGGCUGUUGUCGAUAAGCUCCACAGUGCCGGCAUCCUCUGCAUGAACAUGAUCGGCCACCCUAAGCAUGUCCAAAAGGCCCUUGAUGUUGGCGUUGAUAUUAUCUGCGCCCAGGGUGGUGAGGGCGGUGGUCACACCGGUGAUGUCCCCACCACCGUCCUCAUCCCCACCGUUGCUAAGUUGGUCGAGGGCAAGAAGAGCCCUCUGACUGGCCAGCCCGUGCAGGUCAUCGCGGCCGGUGGUCUUUUCAACGGUAACUCAGUUGCUGCUGCCCUUAUGCUCGGCGCCUCCGCUGUCUGGAUCGGUACCCGCUUCAUCCUGUCUGAUGAGGCUGGAGCCCCCACCGCUCACCAAGAGGCUGUUCGCACUUCCAACUUCGAGGAUAACAUUCGUACUAUUAUCUUCACUGGUCGUCCCCUCCGUGUUCGCAAGAACCCUUACAUUGUCAACUGGGAGGAGAACCGUCACGAAGAGAUCAAGCAACUCACCUCCAAGGGUAUCAUCCCCGUCGAGCACGAUAUGGAGAACUUGCCCGAUGAUGUCGAUGACGACACUUUGGACAAUGCCCGUCCCUACUUGAUGGGUAAGGUUGCCGCCGUUGUAAAUGAGAAGAAGUCUGCCAAGGCUAUCGUUGAUGAGCUCGUCGGAGAUGCCGCUGUUCUGCUCCAAAAGGGCAACAAGAUGGUUGCUAAGCUGUAAAUAAAGUAUUCCCUAUAUGUUUCAGUUUCUAUAGUCAUCUUCAGCGUUGAAUAAUCAAAGCUCGGC